CAAACACCCACAGAUUGACCAGUUCUUCUCUCUCUCUCUCUCUCUCCUCUUUCUCUCUCUAGAAGUCAUAUCGGCGGCUUAUUUGCUUUCUCUUAUUUUUCAAUUCAUUUCCUGUUUCAAAGAAGCUUCUUCCCUGCGUCUGCGUAUAUUCUAUUUCGGCAAAAUAAUUGUUUUUGUGUAUGUGGAGAAAGGAGCUGAAAUCCGCGCCAACUGAUUAUUGCGCAGAGUUUGAUUUCUGUUCUGUUUUUUUUUUUUUUUAAAUUUUUUUUUGGAGUGACGCGUUACAGAUUCUGUGAUUGAUUUUUUCCUUGAUAUAUCCGUUUAUUCUCUAUAUAGAAAUACUUUCGUUAGCAGGAAAAUUGUAAAAAAAGGGGGAGAUCUACCCUAAUUUAGCUUCUUGUAGAAGAUUGGGGGAUUUUUUUUUUGAGCUUUUAGCGUAGCAUUUACUUUUAUUAUUCCAUCGAAUAAAAAAGGGGUUAUUUAAGGUCUAUUUUAGUGUACGCUGCUGUGGUAUUAUUCUGUAUCUAUAUAGUGCCCUUUUGGAAAGAUAAGGGUGUAGUGUACAGCUCAUUUCAUUUAUAGGCCACAAAAGCCUAUUAUUUGCCUAUUUGCUGCACACACGUUUGUGAAUAAGAUGGUGAAUUUGCUCUGUGGAAGUGUUGAGUUGAGUUGAUUGCUUGUUUUUUUUAGAAGAGAGAGUGAAUUCGUUGGAUCUUGUCGAAACGGAUCCGAAUAGGGAAAACGGUGGGUGCGAAUCGCUGGCUGAUCUGGAGUGCAUACUGAAUAUAAUCAGGGCCCUAAGAAUGGGGUCCUGCUUUUCCGGUGAAAGCAGGAGCCCUGUGCCCAACUCUCCUAUAGGGUUUAAGAAGAGGAAGGGGUCGAAAAGGAAGCCCGCUUCUCGGAAUUCAUCCUUCAAUAAUAGGAUUGAUGAACAGUUGCACAGGAUUUCUGGACGGAUGUUCUUGAAUGGUUCGAGUGAUGUCGCUUCGCUCUUUACGCAGCAAGGCAAGAAAGGGACCAAUCAAGAUGCCAUGGUUGUUUGGGAGAACUUUGGUUCGAGGACAGACACGGUUUUCUGUGGCGUUUUCGAUGGCCAUGGUCCUUAUGGUCAUAUGGUUGCGAAAAGAGUUCGAGAUUCUCUUCCCCUGAUGCUGAUUGCAAACUGGGAAGUCAAUAAUAUUAAAAGUGGCGAGAUUCUUAGGGAGGUCAGUUUAAAUACAACAGAAAGUUUGUCGACAGAGGAAGCAUCUUCUUGCUUAUCUGCCAAUGAAGAAGUUAUGUCUUCCAUUGAUUCUGAAGAAGCUUUGAAACAGCAAGGCGUCUUUCAGGCUUUGAAAAAAUCAUUUCUGAACGCGUUUAAGGUCAUGGACAGGGAAUUGAGAAUGUACACAAAUAUAGACUGCUUCUACAGUGGAACAACAGCAGUGACCUUUGUGAAACAGGGUCAGCAUCUUGUAAUUGGAAAUGUUGGAGACUCAAGAGCUGUAUUGGCUACAAGAGAUGAAAAUAAUAAGCUUACUGCAGUACAGUUGACUGUUGACCUCAAACCUAACCUUCCAGCGGAAGAAGAGAGGAUCCGCAAAUGCAAAGGACGUGUUUUUGCCCUUCAAGACGAACCAGAGGUGGCAAGAGUGUGGCUACCAAACAACAACUCUCCAGGCCUUGCAAUGGCACGUGCCUUCGGUGAUUUCUGUCUUAAAGAUUUCGGUCUUAUCUCAGUCCCAGAAAUUUCUUACCGACACAUCACUAAUAAAGACGAGUUCGUAGUCUUAGCUACAGACGGGAUUUGGGAUGUCCUUUCGAACAAGGAGGUGGUGAAAAUUGUCAGUUCUUGCCCCUCACGCUCGCAAGCAGCUCGAGCUGUAGUAGAGACAGCUGUGAGGGCAUGGAGGUCAAAGUACCCCACUUCGAAAGUCGACGACUGUGCUGUGGUUUGCCUCUUUCUAGACUCGAACGAGUCCACUACUGCAUCAUCUACAAAUUCUACAAUCACAUCAAAAACGAAUACGAUGCCUUCACCGGAAAAGGAUAUUCCCGUUCCAAAUGGAUUGAUUCGUUCUGGCACAGUUAGAGAAGAAGAAGAAGAAUAAUCUGCUCUUGAAGAAGUCUCCUGUAUAAACAACAACACACACACACGCACAUUCACACGGUGUAAAGAAGAUACAGAAACUGAAGGAGAAAAUGAAGGCUAUAAUAGGUAACGUUGCCAGAUAUAUCGGCUUUCGACUUAUGUUUUCUUGUCCAGUUUCUGUUUUCGAUAUUAUAUUGCAUUUUUUUCCCGUCAUUUACUUUAAAAAAAACGAAAAAGGACACAAAAUAAAUAAUCGAUACAGGGUUGUUUACGUUUAGGAGAGAUGGACCGGACUAAUAUUAGAGUGUUCCGGGUUAAUCCUAUCUCUCUCUGUCGUUAUGUCGAUAGAAUUGGAAUUUUGCCGUUUUUUGUGUUUUUUUUUUCUUCUUUUUUUGGUUCUUGAAUUAUGUGUGAUCUGUAUCAACUCUUGUGGGAUCUUUUUUCAUUGCAAGUUGUAGUAGAUUCAUUUCCAAAACACUCCUUUUCAUUAUGAGUUUUUGUGGUGCAGAUUUGGUUAUUGCCAACUUUAUAUUGGUCUUUGUUAU